AAAUUCAGUUUAUUAUGAUGAGCCAAUAAGAUGAAAGUGUUACAAAAUGUUUUAUCAGGCAUUAGAAACAUCUUAUGACUUUAGAGUUAAAGCUGCUUUACCUUAUCAGUUCUUUUAUAGAAAUGUGGCUGCGAUAAAAGCAAUUUUUAUCGUGUAACGUAGUACAGAAUAUUAACUGAAGAGAAAUUUUAUUAAUGAUUGACACUUAAGUCAUGGAUAAAAGUUAAACAACAAUAAAUUACAAGAAAUCAAAGUAUUAAAAGAAUGACUUUAAAAUGUUUCUAAAUGAAAGAAAUUUAAUACAUUUUGUAUCUUCCUUCAUUAUUUAAUUUAUUCUGGUGCUACCAUAAUCAUUUCUAUAAAUAAUACACUGUACAUUUUAUUUUAUUUUUUGAUGUAUUUAUGAAGAGAUAUCCUAAAGAAAUGGUUCAAAUACAUUGGACUAUGCAUUCAUGUAUCAAACGCUUAUGGGAAAGAUUGAAAUUCUAUGGUUAUUUGAUAAAAUUAACUUUCGUAACUUUAUGUUAUAAUGAAUUUGCUGAUAAAUUUUAUGUUGGAGAUACGUGUAUGGAGCCGAUGUUUUGGUUUGUUGACCAUUUUACAAAGGCAAUGGGACCAAUAUUUGUUGUGGGAGUAAUCAUUUUAACUUUAUCUAUGAUUAUCAUUGCAUAUACAAUUGGUUUAUCAUUCUGGUGGCAAACUAGUAUCCCAUUUACUAUUCUAUUAUUGAUAGUGGGAAAUUGGCUUCUUGUUAAUGUCAUCUUCCAUUAUUAUAUGGCAUUUAUCACUUUACCAGGCUAUCCUCCUGAGGGAGCUUUGGUGCCAGAAGCUGUAUCAAUAUGUAAACGUUGUAUUUCGCCCAAACCACCUCGUACUCAUCAUUGUAGUGUUUGCAAUCGUUGCAUUCUUAAAAUGGAUCAUCACUGUCCAUGGUUGAACAAUUGCAUUGGAUAUUAUAACCAUAGAUAUUUUUUCAUGUAUUGUGUUUAUAUCUGGUUGAGUGUUUCUUUUGUCUUAUUGUUUGGUAUUCCUAUUGCAUAUGUGCAUUUUUUUGUUGAAGUGAGAACUCAACCAUUAAAUACCACCAUUGUUAUUCCUGAGAACAAAACCCAUCAACUUUCCACUUAUGUCAAGUCAAAAUCAGAAAAAUCUGAUUUAGAAACUUUUAUCAAAGAAAAGUAUUCAACGUCUAUUACCUCUACGACAGUCAAUAAUCGUUCUUUCGUUGAUUACCUAUAUCAUGCCUGUCUUGUUUAUGCAGCUUUAUUGUGCCUUGGUGUGUUUCUGGCAAUUGGAGCACUCACAAUGUGGCAUGCUCGGCUAAUAACUCGUGGAGAGACUAGUGUUGAAGCCCAUAUCAAUAAAAAGGAAAGAGAAAGAUUAGCAAAAGAAGGAAAGACAUAUAAAAAUCCUUACAAUUUUGGACCAAGGAAAAACUGGAUUAUAUUUUUAGGACUGACAAAUGGGAGGGAUUUACGACAUGUGUUAUUUCCAUCCCGACACAAACCAGAUGGAGACGGUCUGCGCUGGCACACGCGAAACGAAAUAAAAAUUAUCGAUGAUUGGAAUGUUAUCAUUGAUAGUGCCAAAGAGAAAUGAUCAUUUUUCUACUUAAAGAAUUUAUUGUCAUAGGAUUUAAUUUAUUUUCAAAGUAUGUUAAUUUUUUUUACUUUGAAUUAAAUAUUUAAAAAUGACAUGUAUAAUUUAUAAUUCAGAUUUUGGCCAUGAGAAUGUGCUGUGCUGUAAGUUUUUUUUUUGUGGAGGAUCUUGUAAAUAUUUUAAGUAUUUCAUAAAAUGCAGAAUUUAUUUCUGAUUCAUCUUAGACCUAACCACUCUCAUUAAAUUUCUCUCUUUAAAAUAUGAGUGAGUUAUUUUUCAUAGAACAACUUAUUACUUUACAUGACAACCAAAACAAAUCAAAGAAUAAAGAAACAAAUACAUAUACACAGAACUUAUGUGCAGAUGUUCAUGACAUGCAAGUGUAUGAGGACUGGGAAAUUGUUUAUUAAUGAAAAUAGUAAUUGAAAAGCUGAUGUAGAGUGCUAAUCUUUGUAUUCCUCUAAAACUUUUAAAAAUCCAUAAUUAUGAAUAGUUACUACAAACAGUUUUUAGAUGGUUUGUUUGUAUUACUUGGCACAAGAGCCAUGUAGGCUAUGCUGCAUAAAGGAUAAAUGACAAAUACAUAGCCUAAAAGUUUAACAAUGGCAUUUGGUUCCACUGACAUUCCAACUGGAAUUUUUUACACUACCUCUGAACCAGUUGGAUAAGUGAAAACUAUUAAUUCCUUGAAAAGAUUGACAACUCACAAGAAAAUUGUAUGUGAUUUGCAUUUUGAUUAAAGAUUUCUUAUUAAGAAUUAAGUUCAUAUAAUUGAGGGUAAAACAGUUGAGAUUCCCCGUGGAAAAUGGCAACUAACACGAGAUGCUUAUCGUUCGAGUUUUCCCAAUUGCCCAUCAUAUUUGCCAUUUAAAAGUUCCUAAAUUACUGCAGUCUCCAAGAAAAAGGAAAACUACUGCCAACAUAAAUAAUAAUUCAAAAGUUGCAACAAUAUCAAGUAAAAUGACCUUUUAGUAAUGUUUAAAAACGUUAAUAAGUUAUUUGCUUUUUAAAAUAACUAGCCGAUGGUGCAAUUGAAGAUCCAUCAAAUUCACCUUAUGAUGUAUUAUCAUCACCACUAUGUAUAGCAUGUUAUAGAAAUAGCAUAAAUAAGUUUGUUUGUUUGUUUUAAGUUAUGGCAACGCAACACUUUGGCGAACACUUCUGCCUAGGG